AUGGAACUUGUAGAGCUCGACGAACACGGCAAGGACAAAUAUGGCAUCUCGAGAGGCCCCAUCCCCAUCAUCAACGCCGCCGGGAGAGGUUUGUCGAAAAUCGUCAGGAAAUUGGUCGAGCAGGGACACGAUGUAUCGCUAACAAACGACGCUGGUUUCACGGCUCUGCAUACUGCGGCCCACCACGGCCACGCCGACAUCGCGAGGGUACUGGCCAAGGCCGGCUCGGAUCUAGAGGCGACGACCCUCGAAGGCGACACGCCGCUUCAUUUGGCCACGAGCGUGGGGGAAACUGCAGCGAUGAGGGCCCUGAUCGAAGAAGGCGCUUCCGUCGACAGCCGUAAUCCCGGAGGGGCGACACCGCUGUACAUUGCGGCGAUGCAGGGACACCUGGGCGCGGUGAAGGUGCUCCUUCACGCCAAGGCAAACCCUCUGCUGACUUGGUCAUCGGAAUCUUCAGGCAGGAGCUUCGUCCCGCUGGAAGUCGCGGCGCAGACCGGCCGGUCGGCAGUGGUGAGCGAACUGUUGCGCGAAUUCGGUAUCCGUUGUUGUGGUGGGCCGAGUGGUGGGUUAGAUGCUCUCCGCGUCGCCGCAGUGUAUGGACAGGUUGACAUAAUGUCGAUGCUCAUGGAUGCCGGAGUGGUGGAUCCUGUCGGUCUAGCCCUGCUCGCCGCCGUCGGGAGCGGCAAGGAGGCAGCGGUAGGGUUUCUUUUGCGGCAGCAGGAGGAGCGGUGGCAAACUUCUUACGUGAACAUCGCCCGCGACGACGAUGGCUUAACGGCUUUGCUGUGGAGCUUCCGGGGUAACAAAAACAAGCCGUGCAACCCCAGGAUCACGCGGCGUCUUGUGGACGCAGGGGCGGACACGACCUCGGCCGUGCAGCUCCGCGCCAAACGCAGUCGCACCUGCGUCAAUGUGACGCCACUGGAGUACGUGAACGAUUGGGCCCUUCGUGAAACCAACGGAGACCACCCUGCAACCGACGAGCAACUGCUCCGGCUAGAGGCUACCCGCCGCGUGCUUUUGCGAGUGGUGGCCGUUCACGCAGUUUCUUGGAUAUGGCCCAGCGAUGCCCCACUUCUCGCACGUCCCGCAAAUAGCCCGAGAACGGCCAAGCAUUCUCCGACUCAGCUGACGACGGUGCUGCCGGUCUUGAGGCGGAGGGCGGGAAGGCGUGCUUUGCUUUGGGACACGCUGUUCAGGUAUUCGAAGAAGUCUUGA